AGAUUGUCACUCGGCCACAGUCGCGGCAAGAUAACGGGAUUGUAUAAGUCCUGCGAGAGUGCGUUACUGUUUUUGCGUACAACACCGACAGUCUGGUAUGGAUACCUCAAUACACUUUGCAAAUGCAGACCUGCAUCCGGUUCGGUCGUCGCAGUCCGUGGGCGGAGUGUAUCCUAUGCGCUCACGCACAAAGUCGCACGUGAACCGGACUUCGGUUGAUGCGAAGAUCAGCGAACUGGAAGACGCGGAAGAUGAAGAUGCAGGCCUACGCGAUGAGCGCGAUUUUAAGCGCAGUCAGGUCUUCAGUCUGACACAGAUCCUCGUCCUUGCAUACCAAUCUACCGGUGUCAUCUAUGGCGACAUUGGAACAUCGCCGCUCUAUGUCUAUUCUUCGACUUUCACAGAGGCGCCUAGUCGCAUCAAUCUGCUCGGUGCCCUGUCACUCAUACUAUGGUCUGUCACCUUGAUGGUCACCGUCAAGUACGUCUUGAUCAUCCUCCGCGCCGACAACGAUGGAGAGGGCGGGACUUUCAGCACGUACUCUCUUCUAUCCAAAUAUGCAAAUAUCGCGAACAGAGAUCCACGCGAAGCAACCCUAAUACGGAUGGAGAGACAUAAUACCGAUACUCUGGGCCGAUCCACAAGGAAUAUUCGCUCAACCAUCGAGAAGUCCAAGUUCUUCCGCGGUCUACUGCAGGUCAUCGGUGUACUGGCUGUGUCGAUGGUCAUGGCUGAUGGUGUUUUGACUCCAGCUCAAUCCGUCUUGGGUGCCGUGCAAGGUCUCAACGUUGUGAAGCCUGAUAUCGAGAAGUCUACCAUCAUCGGCGUCACAUGCGCCAUCCUUGUCCUGCUUUUCUGCGUGCAACCACUUGGUAUCACGAAACUGACAUUCAUCUUUUCGCCCAUUGUCAUUGUAUGGCUGGCCUUAAAUGCUGGGUUCGGAAUAUACAACCUUGCCAAGUAUGACUAUGCGAUCUUAAAAGCCUUCAACCCCUUCUACGCAUUCGACUAUCUGAUACGAAACAAAUACGAAGGCUGGCGUAGUCUCGGCGGUAUCCUUCUUGCUUUUACAGGCGUUGAAGCUCUGUUCGCAGAUAUCGGUGCCUUCAGUCGCCGUGCUGUACAGAUCAGUUGGCUUGGAUACGCCUACCCGUGUCUAUUGCUUGCCUACAGUGGCCAAGCUGCCUACAUCAGCGUGCAUCCGGAGGCAUACUCCAACCCCUUCUACAACUGCGCCCCACCGGGAUGGCUCAUUUUCUCGCUCAUUGUAGCCAUUGCUGCUGCCAUCGUCGCGUCGCAGGCCAUGAUCACCGCCACAUUCCAGCUCCUGACCCAGAUCAUGAAGCUUUCGUACUUCCCACAGAUCAAGGUCGUGCAUACUUCGACUACAUAUCACGGACAGCUGUAUAUCCCUAGCAUUAACUGGCUGCUGAUGAUCGGAACUGUACUUGUCGCUGCCAUCUACAACAACACAACCUCUUUGGGUAACGCCUACGGCGUAUGCGUCAUGUUCGUCACAUUCUUCGACACAUGCAUGGUUACUCUCGUUGCAAUCCUAGUGUGGCGCAUCAAGCCAUACUUUGUACUUCUUCCCUGGCUCACCAUCGCUUGUCUGGAUGGUGCCUACCUGUCAUCGGCACUUACCAAAGUACCAGACGGCGCUUGGUUCACUAUUCUCCUCGCCUGCCUCCUCGGAUCCAUAUUCAUCCUUUGGCGAUUUGGCAAAGAGCAACAAUGGGGCGCGGAAGCCAGUGAUCGCUUCCCAACAACGCACUUUGUAAAGACCUUGCCAGACGGCCGCCUGGAACUGACCGAGAAAUAUGGGAGCAAGUCUGUUGGAACCAUGGAAGGCUUCGGCAUCUUUUUCGACAAAGCUGGCGAGACAACUCCUAUCGUCUUUAGUCAGUUCAUUCGCAAACUAGUCACCAUCCCGGAGGUCAUUGUCUUCUUCCACCUUCGGCCACUAGAGGUACCCUUCGUUGCUCCGGAGAAUCGAUACAGUGUCUCGCGACUUGCCGUCCCCAACUGUUACCGCCUAGUCGUUCGCCAUGGCUACAUGGACGAAGUCAUCACCCCAGAUCUAGCAUCGCUGAUCUACGAGAAAGUCCGCAACCACAUCGUCGCACGGGCCUUGGAACGCGAUGGCGAGAUAUCUGCCAAGGCUACCGGCGCCCAGCCGGAGAAGACCAUGGUUACCGAGACUGUUGCUGGGAGUGGCAUAUCGACUCCUACACGCAGUUCAACUACUUCCGCUCGUCUGGAAGCCCUUGAGCGUGCGUACAACCACGAGGUGCUGUAUAUUAUUGGCAAAGAGCAGAUGAAGGUCAAGGUCGGUACGAACAUCGUUCGACGAUUCUUCUUGAAGGCUUUCUUGUUCAUCCGUGAUAACUCAAGAGCGAAGAUUGCGAGCUUGGACGUUCCUAUGGAUAAGGUUAUUGAGGUUGGGUUUGUGAAGGAUGUGUAAUUGGAGUAGUUGGGAUUUGGAUCCGUAAUCUAGUCUUCUGGGCGAUGAUCGCUCUCACUCUAGUGAUUAUUUUUUCCGAUCUUUCUA